AUGAGUAUAAGGUGUCCAAGAGUGUUAAAUCCAACUCAGCUUUCUCAGAUUAUAAGAACUCAAAAUAACCCUUUAAAGGCUUUGGAAAUUUUCAACAUAGCCAAAUCAAAAUACCCUAAAGAUUCCCACAAUGGUCCUGUUUAUGCCACCAUGAUCGCUAUCCUUGGAUCAUCAAGUAGACUCAAAGAGAUGAGUGAUUUGAUUGAGCAAAUGAAACAAGAUUCAUGUGAGUGCAAAGAUUCUGACUUUGUGUCCGCAAUUAAGACAUAUGCAAAACAAGGGCUAGUAGAUGAAGCAAUCUCUCUAUAUAAGAAUAUUCCUCAGUUUAAUUGUGUGAAUUGGACGCAAUCUUUCAAUACCCUUUUGGAGAUAAUGGUGAAUGAGGGUAAGCUUGAAGAUGCUCAUGGUCUUUUUGUUGAGAGUUCUUGUGGUUGGGAAGUGAAGUCUCGCGUUCGGGAGUUGAAUUUGCUUAUGUAUGCUUUGUGUCGGAAGAGUCGAUCGGAUUCGGCGUUGUAG